UUUAAUGCUGCCACGGAACGCUCUUCAACAUUUUCAUCAUCCUCGUUUUUAACGUGCUAACUGAAAAAGUUGCAGACUACCUGCACUGAAACUCAUUUUGAUUAGGUUGGCGCUAAUCGCAACACGCCAACCGAGUUACCUCACCUUUGAAACGUGUUCAGAGCGUGCUCUUAAUCAAGGUUAACUCGCCUCGAAGCAGCCUUGCACGGGCUUACAUAUGUCAUUCGCGGGCACACCUCUUGGUCAAGGCAGACGUCUAGAUCACCACACAUUCCUCAACAAGACAAAUCUUGCUACAGUUCACAAUAAUCCAUCUGCUAGAACCGUCAAUCCUCCCGCAAGUCCACCGCGCUCAAUAACAACAUCGUACGCGUACGGAGCCCCAACAGCAGGCUCCAAAUCACCGGCUAAACCCACAUCAUCUGCAUCUACGGCUGACGCAGUAGACGACGAGACGGCUCUCGUCCGCUACGCCCGCCUAAAGCGCGAGCGGUCACUUCAGCAGUCCCAACCAACGCUCGCUCCUGAGACGUGGAGCGUUAAGGACACUUCUGUUAAUAUUGCAAGUGCAUUCUAUCAAGCUGCAUCUACAUCACACGAGAUGCACCCCAGCAAUCCCAAUAACGCAUGGGCCUCUGGAUCCCAAACAAAUCUCAACGUACCUCGAAGCACAUCUGUCGACUACGAGAAAGAGACCCACUCUACCAGCAGUCGCCGACUAGCACCACCUCCAAAUCGUCUUUCACAGCGCAAUACGCGUAAGACCCUCUCAAAGCAGGACUCCACCACAACACAUGUGUCCGACUCCGAAGGUGAAGACAAUCAGGAUUCCCAAGAACGUGACCGCAGUGCUCGCGGGAAGAGCCCCUUUGAGCAGGUCGUCGACGUUUCUAAGCGCGCUCUGACGUCCGCAACCUCCUUUUACAUGCGUCCCCGCUCAACCGAGCCCGCAGAUAUAUCAGCUGCCAACACAACCACAAAUGGCAGAGACUCCAGUUAUGACUACUCCGCUUCCACGAGGACCGCACCCAGCCAAAAGCGGAACCGGAUGUCCGUCGAUAACAAGGCGUAUCAACCCUCACAAUCUGAUAUGGAAGGGGACUCCGACGAUGUUUCUGACGACGGACGGAAAAGAAGAAGAAAAAUUAAGAAAAAGGAUUUAGGUGGCGGUCCUCUGACGACGCUGCCAGUAGCAGGCUACGACAAGCGACGGAAGAAGAAGAGAGGCAGCAAGACUAAUGUUGAGGGUGAAGAAGAAGACGAAAGUAGCAGCGAAAGUGAGCAGCGUUCUUCAGCCCAGCGCGCGUCGGUCACCCGCUCUGUGCCCCCACCUUCAAGGUCCUCGAUACCUCGUGGAUCUAUCCCUCCCCAUUCAGAUGAUCCAACUGACCUCGAAGUGGGGCUUGACUCCAUUCCUGAGAUGGAUGAGCCUCCAGCUGUGGAUGGCUUCUCCAACACAUCUGACAUGCCAUCGCGAUCAUUCUCGGUCGGAGGUUUUUUAGGCCUAGCUGUGAACCGUACUGUACGGCUCCUUCUAGGUAUCUUCGCUUGGGUCAUACGCAUUAUUACCCUCCUGUCCCUCGUUCUUGGCCGCAUAUUUGGGUCGAUAUUUGACACCAUCUUCAUGCGUCCAGCCUCCUUUUUCUCACGCAUCAAGGCGGGACCAUUCAUCACCCUUGCCAGAUACCUUUUCGUCGCUGCUGCUCUCUAUGCCGCUUGGCAUCAGUUCCAUGAUCCUAUCCUUCAAAUGCUACCCAUUCGCUCACCGCAACGCCAAUAUUACGCACCGGACACGCCGAUCACGAACCUUGAUGAACUUGGCGCUAGGCUUCAAAACAUUGAAGCCGCUCUGUCUGGUCUUUCCCUUGACCAACAACGUGCUCGUGCCCAGCAAGAUCUCGAGUCUCGUGCACAUGGAGAUGUCGUCAACCGAAUUUUUGCUCUCGAGGCGCGCAUUCGUGACGAGGCCAAGCGUGUUUCCGACACUGAAGCCCAUCUCAAGUCAUCUUCGAGUCAAGGUCUCGUUGACCUUAGACGGGAGGUUGAAGCCCUGCAUUCUCAGCUAAGUGCUGUGGCAUCUGCGCCCAGGGAGACUGUGAUUUCAAUGCCACCUCCUGUUAACGACGAAGAGGCACGAGCUAAGUUGAGAAUUCUGGAGGAGCGACUCGGAAGUAUCGAGGGUGGCGUAAAGGACGCCCUGGAGCAAGCCAAGAACGCUGCACAUGCUCCAGUAAACGUACCUGCUGGCCCAGCUUGGUGGUCGAAGCUGGCAUCGACUGUUGGCACCGGUGUUGGUCUGACCAUCAAGUCCACAGAUGGCUCUGACGUCACUUCGCUCAUCUCCCAGCUCGUCGACAACGCCAUUGCACGAUAUGGGACUCAAGAUAUCGUUUCUCGCCCUGAUUUCGCGCUCCACUCUGGUGGUGCGCGUCCAAUUCCCCAUCUUACGAGUGGUACGCUUGAGUUGCGGCCAAGCACACUGCGAGGGCAGAUCCUGGGUCUUAUUACUGGCCAUGGGUAUGAAGUCGGCCGAUCACCAAUAACUGCUUUGCAUCAGGAUUUGCACAGCGGGAACUGCUGGCCCAUGGCCGGGUCUUACGGUCAAUUGGGCGUGAUGCUUGCUUUCCCUGCUAUCAUCUCUGAUAUUACCAUCGACCACGUCGCCAAGGAAGUCGCGUUCGAUCUUAGCACGGCCCCCAAACACAUGGAGAUAUGGGGUCAAGUAGAAGGCGGGGAUAAUUUAGCAAAAGUUACAGCAUGGCACGCAGAACAAGCUGCGCGACGAGAGGCUGCAAAGGAGGCUGGUGAGGCUGUUUCUGAAGCGGAUCUUGAGGACGACUAUCCGGCUACGCUUCCCAGUGACGUUUCGUUUAUCCGCCUUGCAUCGUUCACGUAUGAUAUUCACGCGCCUUCAAACAUCCAAACCUUCCCCGUGCGUCAGGAAGUCCGCGAUCUCUCUCUGGAUUUCGGUAUUGUGGCGCUUGUGAUCAACGAUAACUGGGGCAAAGACGGGUAUACGUGUUUGUAUCGCUUCCGCGUACAUGGCGAGCGCCCUGGAGGUGGCUCGUUACCUUUCCCUGCUGAAAAUUCAUGACACUGACGACUUAAAAACGAGCGAUCCUGGCGGUGUACAUAUGAUAUAAUUUCUUUUAUUUUUUUUGGGAGUCGUUCCUUGUGCUAUGUUUACUAUUUUAUCUCUUUUAUUUGUCGUAUGGGCUACGUUGAAAUCAAAGCAUUUUCCGAGUA